UUUCACCGACCGGCGCCUCGUUCCAAUUGCACGCGCCGUUCCAACAGACGCCUUUAAUUAACCCCGCUCGCGCGAGAAGAGAUUAAAAAAAUAAGUGUACUGUCUCUUUAAGAUCGCUGACUGGUCCGCUUCGUAUUGAUCCAGCCACCAUUUUCCAGCGCGCUGAGCGGCGGCAGUGGCAGCGACGGCGGCGGCAGCACACAGCCCUUACCUGGAGACACCAGGAGCAGGGGGCAGUCAUGGCAGCCAAUAUGUACCGGGUUGGAGAUUAUGUUUACUUUGAAAACUCCUCUAGUAACCCUCUGCUUAUCAGAAGAAUAGAGGAGCUCAACAAGACGGCGAAUGGGAACGUGGAGGCCAAAGUGGUGUGUUUCUACAGACGCAGAGACAUCUCCGCCACACUCGUCGCUUUGGCAGACAAACAUGCACGAGAGCUGGAGGAGGAGAUGGAGAACCCUGAGAUGCUGGACCUGCCAGAGAAACAAAAACACCAGUUAAGGCACAGAGAACUCUUCCUCUCCAGACAGUUGGAGUCUCUGCCUGCUACACACAUCAGAGGAAAGUGCUGUGUGACUCUUCUCAAUGAGACGGAAGCCCUCAAGUCCUACCUAGACAGAGAGGACGCAUUUUUCUACUCUCUGGUGUAUGACCCUCAGCAGAAAACGCUCCUGGCUGACAAAGGAGAGAUCAGAGUGGGGAAUAAGUACCAGGCAGAAAUCACCGACCUCCUCAAAGAGGGAGAGGAGGAUGGCAGGGAGCUGGCCAAACUGGAGGAGAAUGUCUGGGAUCCCAACAGUCCUCUUACAGAGAAACAAAUCGACCAGUUUCUGGUCGUGGCUCGGUCUGUGGGUACGUUUGCACGAGCUUUGGACUGCAGCAGUUCAGUUCGGCAGCCCAGUCUACACAUGAGCGCUGCAGCUGCCUCCAGAGACAUCACACUGUUCCAUGCUAUGGACACACUGCAUAACAACGGCUAUGACAUGACACGAGCUAUCGCUGCUUUGGUGCCUCAGGGUGGCCCAGUACUUUGUCGAGACGAGAUGGAAGAAUGGAGUGCCUCGGAGGCCAACUUGUUUGAGGAAGCACUGGAGAAAUAUGGCAAAGACUUUACCGAUAUCCAGCAGGAUUUUCUUCCCUGGAAAUCACUGACUAGCAUAAUUGAGUAUUACUACAUGUGGAAAACCACAGACAGAUACGUUCAGCAGAAACGGUUAAAAGCAGCGGAAGCAGAGAGCAAGCUGAAGCAGGUCUAUAUCCCUAACUAUAACAAGCCCAAUCCAAACCAGCUGAGUGUGAACAGCUUGAAGCCAGGGCUGGUGAAUGGGGCUGGGGCAAUACCCGGGGCAGUUAGUCAGCCAGCAGGCCUGGGCCGAGCAUGCGAGAGCUGCUACACCACCAGCUCAUAUCAGUGGUACUCAUGGGGACCUACCAACAUGCAGUGCAGACUGUGUGCUUCUUGCUGGACCUACUGGAAGAAGUACGGUGGCCUGAAGAUGCCCACGAGACUGGAUGGAGAACGGCCAGGACCCAAUCGCAGCAGCAUGGUGUGCAUGGAUUUCAGCAGCACAGAACUCUUUUACAAUCAAUCAAAUCAGGACAACAAAAUAGAUUUUAAGAAUAGAUUACUAAGUUACUAUACAAAGAGUCCUCAUGGUGCACCAGUGAGACAUGGUGGAAGUCCAAAGUUUGCAGUGAAGACCAGACAAGCGUUUUACCUGCAGACCACUCAGCUGACACGGACAGCAAGGCGAAUCUGCCAGGAUCUGCUCAAGUCCCGCUUUCUUGCCCGUCACCCCUACACACCCGUCAACACGGCAGCCAUCAAAGCGGAAUGUGCAGUGCGGAUGCCAGAUAUGACCAAAAAGCCCACAGCUUUGAGGGAUGCUGUCCGGAAGCCUCUGGAGACUGUGGUUCGAUAUCUUGAGGCCCACCCAUGCCCACCUAAAGCUGAGCCCCCACGAGGAGCCUCUAUAUCCAUGGGUAGCUUGACUCCCAUUAAGUCCUCCCCCAUCCUGAACAACGGCUCACCCACCAUCCUUGGCAAACGCACCUACGAGCAGCACAAUGGCCUAGAUGGGGCCAAGUCUAAAGUAUUGGGUCCACAGUGGGACAUUAUGUCCAAGCGAAUGCCCGAGCAGGGACGCCCCCCCUCUGCCAUGCAGGACAAUGAAGUACAUGAACUUGACUGACCCCUUCUGUGACCUCUGCCCUUCAGCACAGACAACAGGUAAACAGAGAAGUGUUUUUCCAGUUCUCAGUGGUGGAAGGAUCUUGAAGAGGACUUGUGGUCGACAUUGCGCUAUAUUAGAGCCAGUGUUUUUGUUCAGGUUUAUUGGCCAGAACAGGCUCUGACCUGACUGUAUAGGACUGCAUUCAAUAUUUACCAUAUAUUGCUAAUUCUGUUUAUUAUUAUUAUUUCAAGUCUUGUUGUUUUUUUGUCGUUUUUUUUUUUAACCAAAUGUAAUCAUUUUGUUUUUAGUUAAAUGAUGAAUUGUUUCUUGAUACAGCUUGCUCACAAGUCUGAAAAGAGAAAAACAUGGACUGUCUUAUUGGCCUGUUGCGUUAUUUUCUUUGUCAGCUACUUAGAAAACAUGAAGAGACGGGCAUUUCUUUCAGACUGCCCUUUUCAUUCUGCUGGUCUUUGUUUCUAUGCUUGUAUUAUUCGGUUUCUUCAGUCCGCCCUGCCCUGACGCCACAGGCAAUUAACUUAUUGAUUAAGAUGACUGAAUGUGUUCUUUUUCUAACUUUUUCACAAGUAUUGCAUCUAUGCUUCUAUGGUGUAAUUAAAAAAAACUUCUUUCUCUUUUGUGAAUAUGUAAAUGAAAACAGUAUGGAGGCAUUAUUGUACAGUGGUGCAUUUUGCGCCUCCAUCGUUUAUCAAGGCUUGUUAUAAGGAAUUUGCCAUGUACAGCAUAUUCUUUUUGUAAGGAACCUCUCUUGGAUGUCUAAAAUGAUACUGCUACAUGAAUACAGUGCACCUUCUUACGAAUGAUACCAUAUGUGUUGUACAUAUUGUGCAGAUUCAUUUUUUUUUUUUUUUUUUUUUUUAGUUCCUUUUUCUCCCCCAACCCCCCUCCACCCCACCCCAUCCUCACACAUAUCCUGCCAAGAACAGCAUUCCAGACCAGGCAGCUUUUCACCUGGUGAUAUGUGAUCCAUUGCAGUUUACACCACAGUUGGUUCAUUAAAUAUUGAUACCUCGAGA